GUGCGCGGCGGAGCUGGUGGCAGAAGGGAGAAUCUGCAUACAUACAUGUAAGAGAAGCAAAAUGUCAGAUGAUAUCAGGAAAAGGUUUGAAUUUCCAAAUUCUCUUAUUCAAUCACAGGCUGUGGGUCAUCUUAUUGCUGCAGUCCUAAAAGAAAGUGGUUUUUCAGAAAAGAUUCAUCAAUCCACAAACCAGACUCCUGCUUUGAACUUGCUCUGGGAGAGGUGUUGCAGUGAUAACGUAGUGGUUCGAACAGCCUGCUGCGAGGGCCUGGUGGCACUUGUUGCGCAGGAUCAAGCGGAGUUCAGCUAUGUUCUCAAUGGGAUACUCAACCUGAUUCCAUCGACCAGGAAUACACAUGGUUUUAUAAAAGCCAUUAUGAAAUUAUUACAAAUGCAAGCUGUUAAGGAAGGACAAGGAGGGGAGAAGAAUAUUCAGGAUAUAUAUUCUAUUAGAAAUCAUCCUCAGCCUUUGAUCACUGUGCUUGAACACAGACCUGAUUGCUGGCCAGUGCUUUUGCAGCAGCUGACAGCUUUUUUCCAGCAAUGCCCUGAAAGGUCAGAAGCUUCGUGCGUCCAAAUAAUGGCACCAUUUCUAUGGUAUCUAUAUUGUGAACCAUCCCAAUUACAAGAAUAUGCUAAACUCAGACUGGCCCUGCUGAAAGUCUUACUUCAACCCCGGGUUCUCUGUGACAAAGAACAGCCAUCAGUAUUGGAACAACAGAUACUUCAGCUGUGUUGCGACAUGGUCCCAUGUUUGCAGAUGAGAGAUUUGAUACAGACAACAGAAGUGAUGCUGUUCAUUGAGGAAGUAUAUUUAAGCCUUGCACGUGAUCCUGUUUUCUGGAAAAUUCAGCUCACCGAGCUGACCCUUCAGCUGCUGUGUGUCUGUGAAGUCAGCUUGAACAUAACUGGGGAAUGCUCAUCUUUAAUUCACCUUUUGGAGCACAGUGUUGGACUUCUGAAGGAGGAUUUUCCUGUUGAACUGGUCAUAAUUGGAAUAGCUUUACUACUUUUACAGGCUCCAGCAAGUCAGCAGAAGGCAAUCUUAAGUCUAGCUCUGAAACUCCUCUCCUUUGCUGAGGGUAAGGAAAUUCCGAAGUCAUCCUUGCUGCUAGUAAUGCCAGUUCUGCAGAUACUAUCUUCUACUGCCUUGGAAGACUGCAUGUCCAUGGGUGAAGACGGUCCCUCGAGGCAGCAGUUGGCUCUGAAACUUUUGGAAAUGGUACAGCAGGGCUGUUACAGAGAUGAGCCCCAAAAGCUGUCCUGCAAGCUUGAGUUCCCCGUAACCAGCACGUAUGGUUCAAUAUUCACAACCUGGAGGAUCUUUGAAGUAAUGCGAGAAGAGUCUGCAGCCAGUGACUGGCUGGCUUCAGUGGAGUCCUUGCUGCCUAUCACUACAACGAUCCCCGUGCAUGUUCUGCUGCUGCUGGUUCACCUCCUUGUUGAAGAUACAGGACAGAAUCUUCGCCAAAUACUGAAGGUCACUACAGAAUUAGCCCAGGCAGAUUCCUCUCAGGUACCAAAUUUGAUUCCAGUUUUGAUGUUCAAAUUGGGAAGACCACUGGAACCUGUAUUAUACAUUAAUAUCUUAUAUACUUUACCUACACUUGGUGUUCACAAGGUGUGCAUAGGACAAAUUCUACGAGUAAUCCAACUUCUUGGAACCACUCCACAACUAAGAGCUGUCACUUUGCGCUUGUUAACUUCUUUGUGGGAAAAGCAGGAUCGUGUCUAUCCUGAACUGCAGCGGUUCAUGGCCAUGUCCGAUGUGCCCUCUCUGUCUGCGGGCAAGGAAGUCCAGUGGGAGAAACUGAUCGCUAAAGCAGCAUCGAUCAGAGACAUAUGUAAGCAAAGGCCCUAUCAGCACGGCGCAGAUAUGUUGGCGGCUAUUUCCCAGGUGCUAAAUGAAUGCACGAAGCCUGACCAAGCUACGCCAGCAGCCUUGGUGUUACAAGGCCUCCACGCACUCUGCCAGGCCGAGGUGGUUUGUAUUCGCUCCACCUGGAAUGCGCUCUCCCCGAAGCUCAGCUGUGACACGAGGCCUCUCAUCCUGAAGACGCUCAGUGAGCUGUUUUCUCUGGUUCCUUCCUUAACAGUCAAUACAGCUGAAUAUGAGAAUUUCAAAGUUCAAGUCCUCAGCUUCCUCUGGACUCACACCCAAAACAAGGACCCAGUUGUAGCAAAUGCUGCAUAUCAGUCUCUGUCCCACUUUAGUGCCAGAGAGCACACCAUCCUUCAUCUGCCCGAACAGAUAAGACCAGAAAUCAGCCUUCCUGAUGAACUGGAUGACGAUGAAGACGAUGAGGGUGACGUAAAGGACGUGGAUCUUUCAGUUCCUGGCUCUUGCUACCUGAAACUGCUGUCACUCACCUCGCCUUUGGUUUUACCAGCUUUGGAGGAAUUUUUUACAUCUCUCGUGAGGCAAGAGAUGGUGAAUAUGCCCCGGGGGGUCUAUCACCUGGCAUUAAGAGGAGGUGCCCGCACAGACCAAGGAAAGACGGUGGCAGGAAUCCCCAAUUUUAUACUGAAAAUGUAUGAAACAAACAAGCAGCCAGGCUUGAAACCUGGCCUUGCAGGUGGUAUGUUAUUUUGUUACGAUGUUUCAAUGUAUCAGAGUAAAGAUGGCAAACCUUUGAAUCGGCUGGUGGCCAGUAGAGGGCGGAGUUUCAAGCAGACCUCCCUGGCUCUAGUGCAUGAGGUUCACAUCCAGCUCUCGGAGUGGCACCGAGCCAUUUUCCUCCCUCAGGCAUGGCUGGCAUAUAUGAGUCGAGCUUAUCAUGCCAUUUUACAGGGGAGGGUGGCGGAGCUGGAGCUGCAGCUGAAGCAUGGAAAAGAAGGCGCCGAGGAGGUGCAGUGCAAAAAAAACACAGCCUGGCUCUGGGUCCGGGACAUGUUGACUGAUGAGAUCACCAAGUCUGCUGCAAAGGAGAGCCCGGUGGUCAAAGGCAAUGCGCUGUUAGCCUUAAGCAGCCUUGCUGUCGUCGUGUCCAAGCAUGAAGCCAGCCUCUCCUUGGAUGCUGACGGGGCCCUGGAGGUUCAGCCUAACUUCCUCUCCAUGGAAGACUGGGUUUCCAUGGUGUUUGACACUCUCCUGGUCCUCGUGGACAGCCACUACCAGCCCAGAGGACAGCUUUUCUCCUGGUUUUACUAUAAAUCCUAUUCCGGUGAAAACACAGCCAGCGCCACCGCGCGCUCGGCCGCCGCCGUGGCCCUGUCCCUGCUCGUGCCGGUGCUGAUUCAUUUUCUCUUUCGGUCUUUAUCUAGUGAUAUUUCUGGCCAACAGAUGAACCUUCUUCUGAUGAAGUCUUUGGAUGCCCUGGAAAACUGCUGCUUUGACUCUAGUCUUGAAUACAACUCGGGCUGCAUCCUGGGAGUUGGACUUGUUCUGUCCCUCAUGAGCCACAGCAGCCAAGCGGAGUCGCGAGUGCACGUGGCGGCGGCGCUCGGGAAGCUGUCUGCGCACCUCGAUGACAGUGGGAGCCGGGGCAGAGCCUCCCAGGAGGUCCUUGCCUAUACCCUCAGCUGUGUGUGUACAGCAGCAUUCAGUGCCGGAAUUAUUCAGGCUGAAGAGGCUGAAGAUAUUAUGAACAAGCUUCGACUGCUGGUGGAGAGCAGCCAGCAGACUUCAGGUUUUGCCUUGGCGCUAGGAAACAUAGUUCAUGGUUUGUCUGUGUGUGGACAUGGAAAAGCGGAAGACUUGGGCAACAAGCUGCUCCCUGCCUGGAUCAGGACUGUCCUAGCAGAGGGCACUCCCACAACGCUGUGCUUGGCAGCUCUCCACGGCAUGGUGGCCUUGGUAGGCUCUGAAGGGGCUGUGACGCAGCUGAAGUCAGAAGCCAUCCAGACCUCUCAUUUUCAAGCGAGACUUAAUGAAGUCAUUAGAACCUUAACACAGGUCAUCAGUGUGUCUGGGGUGAUAGGUCUUCAGUCCAAUGCAAUCUGGCUUCUAGGACAUCUUCAUCUGUCUACUCUGUCCUCAAAUCAAAGCAGAACCUCUGUUCCUACUGACUACAGCUACUUGCCUGAAAGCAGUUUUAUUAGAGCAGCCAUUGAUUUCUUCAUUACGGGGGGAAAAAAAGGCCCCGAGUCGGUGCCUCCCUCCCUUCUCAAGGUGGCGAUGAAACCCAUAGCGGCGGGUGGCGAGAGCUACCAGUACCCGCCCGUGAACUGGGCUGCGCUGCUGUCCCCGCUCAUGAGGCUCAACUUCGGUGAAGAGAUACAGCAACUGUGCCUUGAAAUUAUGGUGACUCAGGCACAGUCAUCCCAGAACGCAGCUGCACUGUUGGGACUGUGGGUGACACCCCCGCUGCUCCACGGACUCAGUCUGAACAUCAAGAAAUACCUCCUGGUGUCUGCACCGCUGUGGGUCAAACAUGUCUCCAAUGAACAGAUCCUGGGUUUUGUUGAAAACUUAAUGGUGGCAGUUUUUAAAGCCCCUUCCUCACUGUCCACUCCUGAGUUAUGCCCGAGCGCCUUGCAGGGCCUGAGCCAGGCCAUGAAACUGCCCAGCCCUGCCCACCACCUCUGGAGUCUGCUCUGCGAAGCUACUGGGAAAAUUUUUGACCUUCUGCCAAAUAAGAUUCGGAGAAAUGACUUAGAGCUGUAUAUCAGCGUAGCAAAAUGCCUCUCGGAAAUGACAGAUGACGAAGCCAGCCGGGUUGCUCCGGUUACUGAGAGCAGCAUAGAAAAGGCCGCCUUUGUCAGACUGUACUUGGUCUCUCAAGGACGGUUCCCCUUGAUGGGCUUGAAUGAUAUGCUCAGCGUCGCUGUUCAGCACCCUGAGAAAGAUGCCCUGGCCUGGAUGAUCCUGCACAGCUUAUACCAGGCGCGGAUCGUGAGCCAUGCCAACACAGGUGUGUUGAAGAGAAUGGAAUGGCUCUUGGAACUGAUGGGUUAUAUCAGAAGUAUUGCUUACCCGUCAACGCCUGUUCAGAACGUGGCUCUUGAUGAGGCUUUGGACUUCUUGUUGCUGAUAUUUGCAUCUGCUGUGGUUGCAUGGGCAGACCAUGCCGGCCCUCUCCUGCUCGGUCUCAGUGCCAGUUGGUUGCCAUGGCAUCAAGAAAAUGGCCCGGCCGGGCCAGCGUCGAGCUUCCUUGGCAGGAGUCCAAUGCACAGGGUCACUCUGCAGGAGGCCCUCACUCUCCUUCCCAGCAGCAUGCUACUUCUGCUGCAGAAAGAGCCGUGGAAGGAGCAGACCCAGAAGUUCAUUGACUGGCUAUUCAACAUCAUGGAAAGCCCUAAAGAAGGCCUCUCUGCAAAAUCCAGGGGUCUUUUAAAAGCCACCCUGCUGUCCUUAAGAGCUCUCCCAGAGUUUAAGAAGAAGGCCGUAUGGACCAGAGCAUAUGGCUGGUGAAGUUUCGCCAUAGCCAGCCACCUUCUCAGCCAGAACAGGAAAGCCACACAAAUGGAAGAAAAUUUUCAGAACUGUGUCGGGAUCGCUGAGACGUGAUGUAGAGAGUCAAGGAUCAUGAAAGGGUGGCCACAUAACAAUGCCAGGAAAGGGGACAUUGCUUCCCUACCCAGCCAGUGGAGACUGAAACGAGAACUUGAAAUUUAUUUAGCUAGAGUUCAAUCUGAAGAUUUUCUUUGUGAAAGUGUGACUAUAUCAUUUUCUCCCCCCAAAAUUCUAGUAAAAUGAUUCCAUGAA